AUGUCGUCAACAACGGCCGUAGCACAGGAUCACGUCGAAGAUGGCGACGCUCGGGGUAUGGCGUCGGCGGCGCCGGCAGCGUGGAUACCAGAGGCCCAAGCGACGUCGUGGACACAGGUUUCAGCCCUGUCGGCGCCUGAGGCCUCCCAGUCAUUUAUGGCCCCAUCAACGGUCCCCUGCCAGUAUCGCACAGGCAGGACUCUAGGGAGCGGCACGUACGCCAUCGUGAAGGAGGCGAUCCACAUCAAGACAGGAAAAUACUAUGCCUGCAAAGUCAUUAACAAGAAGCUCAUGGAAGGCAGAGAACAUAUGGUUCGCAAUGAGAUCGCAGUGUUGAAGAGGAUUUCAAGUGGGCAUGCCAACGUCGUGACAUUACACGACUAUUUCGAGACGACCCACAACCUCUACCUAUGUUUCGAUCUCUGCACAGGAGGCGAACUAUUCGACAGGAUAUGCGCGAAGGGAAAUUACUACGAAGCUGAUGCGGCCGGCCUCAUCCGUACAAUCUUCAAGGCCGUCAAAUACAUCCACGACGCUGGUAUCGUCCACCGAGAUCUCAAACCCGAGAACUUACUCUUCCGUUCGCCCGCUGAGGAUGCGGACAUCAUGAUCGCCGAUUUUGGGCUUAGCAGAGUCAUGGAGGAGGAGAAGCUGAGCCUUCUCACUGAGAUUUGUGGUACGCCCGGUUACAUGGCCCCUGAGAUCUUCAAGAAGAGCCAUGGAAAGCCCGUUGACAUUUGGGCCAUGGGUGUCAUCACAUACUUCCUUCUUGCUGGAUAUACCCCGUUCGAUCGCGACUCCCAGCAAGCCGAGAUGGAGGCCAUCAUCGCUGGAGACUACAAGUUCGAACCGGAAGAGUACUGGGCCAAUGUCUCGGAAACGGCACGCGACUUCGUUACGAUGUGUUUGACAAUCGACCCGAGGUCCCGUCCCACAGCUGCCGAGGCUCUUCAGCACAAGUGGCUGGCGGAUGAGCAACCACACUUCGUUCCUAUUGAGGGUACGGAGCAACCAACCGAUCUUCUUCCACACGUCAAGAAGGCGUUCAACGCAAAGAGGCUAUGGAAGAAAGCCGCAUUCAGUAUACGUGCUCUGAACAGAAUGUCCAUGAUGGCAGGUGGCGGGCUUACGGGAGAUGCUGCCAUCCUGUCGGACGACGUUCGGAGGUUCAAGGAGGAGUCGGAGAAGGAGGUCAUGGAGGACGAGUCCAUCACGUAUCAGCCCGGCUCCGAGGGUGGCAGCCCCAAGCUCAACAAGAUCGAUGACAUACCCACUGAGGAUCUACACACCAAGUUGGCGAAGACCUCCCUUGAUGAGAAAGCUCAAACCCCGAAGUAG